GCUCGGCCACUCCGCUGCGAUCGUUCGAGCUGACAGCUUCGUGUAUUUAUAAUAUAUAUAUAUAUAAAUUUAAUACAAAUUGUAACACAUCAGAAACGAAGCAACACGUUUCCUUAUCUAAGUGAAUUAUUGCCGCUGUUUUGAUUCUACAACAGUUUGGCAUUGGAAUUCAAUUUGCAUAGAAUCGAAUCCUAAAAAACCAAACACGCAAACACACACUCACGCAUAGACACACUUGUCUAGCAAUUAAAAUUAGUGUGGCAUUUACGCUGGCCAAUUUGUGAUAGUGCGGCUCUUGAUUAUCAACGUUUAAACAACAAAAUCUAUAGCUAAAAUAGCGCAAAAACAAACCAAAAGCUAAUUGCAUUUGGUCAACAGCAAUACAAUAUUAGUUUGAUUAUUAGUGUUGUUGUUGUGAUAAUACUUUGUAUAAAUUAAAGGCGUAGCAGUAAUUAAUUUCUGGGCAACAGCGAGGACAAUAAAAUGCAUUGCGUUCCAUAAAUUGUGGUUGGCUUAGCCGAAAAUUCGCCAAGCUCUUAUAAAUUGUUAACACUUUAGUCGAGAGAAAUAAUAACGAGAUGGAAGCCGAUAUAAUAUACGAUCAGCAUGUGCAUGAAGAGUUGCUGCCUGGCGCCGAGGAGGAGGCGGAGUUUGAACGACUUUACGCGGCCCCCGCGGAAAUUGUGGCCCUACUCUCCAUCUUCUACGGGGGCAUUAGCAUUUUAGCCGUGAUUGGCAACACGCUGGUUAUCUGGGUGGUGGCAACCACUCGACAAAUGCGCACCGUAACCAACAUGUAUAUUGCGAAUCUGGCGUUUGCGGAUGUCAUUAUUGGACUAUUCAGCAUACCAUUUCAGUUCCAGGCUGCGCUCCUCCAACGCUGGAAUUUGCCGUAUUUUAUGUGCGGCUUCUGUCCGUUUGUGCAGGCACUCAGCGUCAACGUCUCCGUGUUCACUCUGACUGCAAUCGCCAUCGAUCGCCAUCGGGCCAUAAUUAAUCCAUUACGCGCACGUCCCAGCAAGUUUAUAUCGAAAUUCAUAAUUGGAGGCAUUUGGCUGCUGGCGCUGGUAUUCGCUGCGCCAUUUCCCAUCGCGUUUCGUGUGGAGGAGAUAACGGACCGCUUUCGUGAGAACGACGUCUACUUCAAUUUGACUCGGCCGUUUUGCAUGAACAAAAACCUGUCCGACGAGCAGUUGAAGGCAUAUCGAUACGCUCUGGUCUUUGUGCAAUAUUUGGUGCCAUUUUGUGUGAUUAGCUUUGUGUACAUACAGAUGGCAGUUCGACUCUGGGGCACACACGCGCCUGGCAAUGCACAGGACUCGCGAGACAUAACGCUGCUCAAAAACAAGAAGAAGGUCAUUAAAAUGCUGAUUAUCGUUGUCGUCAUCUUCGGCUUGUGCUGGCUGCCUCUGCAGCUCUACAAUAUACUAUAUGUAACAAUACCGGAAAUCAACGACUACCACUUCAUUAGCAUCGUGUGGUUCUGCUGCGACUGGCUGGCCAUGAGCAACAGCUGCUAUAAUCCCUUUAUUUACGGCAUCUACAAUGAAAAAUUCAAGCGGGAAUUUAACAAACGUUUUGCGGCAUGCUUUUGUAAAUUUAAGACCAGCCUGGAACCGCAUGAGCGCACCUUUUCGAUGCACACGCGUGCCAGCUCCAUACGCUCCACCUAUGCCAAUUCGUCGAUGCGCAUACGCAGCAAUUUCUUUGGCGCACGGAAUGCUGGCGGCAAUGGCAAGAGCGGCCUGAAUUUGGGGCGAAGUGCUUAUCAGGCCAAUUUCAAUGGCAACGGACACGGCAGCAGCAGCACCAGCUACAACAACAAUGGCCAUCAAACUGUGGUGACUUUUGCGGGCAGUGAAACGACGAUGCCCCCAUGGCGACGCAAUCACUUCAAACCGCUGCAUCCGAAUGUUGUUGAGUGUGAGGACGAUUUGGCGCUGAUGGAGCUGCCAUCAACCAGCGAGGAGUUGCCGUCCAGCAUUGGCGGCGCAGCGGAUGGAGCGGGCGUGCAGCUGGCACUAUUUAAAGCCGCAUCCCGAGAAAGUUUUAGUUGCAUUUGCGAGCAGGAAUUCGGUAGCCGGACAGAAUGCGACGGAACCUGCAUACUCAGUGAAGUAUCAAGAGUACAGCAGCCAGUAGUGGACGUGGUUGCUGUGAGUGGGGCCGGCACUGGCUCCCAGCCCGUAAGCGAAUCCUUGUGGCAACCGCUCUAAAUACGCAGCAAAUGCGAUGAAUUUCUCUGUGAUUUCGAAAUAAUGAAUUGUGAUUGCAAACAUAAUGUUGUUGAUUGGGAAUUCUGAACGAUGUGCAUACAUAUGUGGAGUGGUGGAUGUGUGUGUGCGUACUUUCCUUAGCUGCAAGCCAUGUACAGUAUUAUUAUGUAAGACUUAAGUCAAAGUGUUGGCCAUGGAGCACAGAAGAA